AUGUACAAGGCGUACAUCUGUCUAUUUGUCUGCUUCGCAACAUCAGCAAACCAUCUGGAAAUAGUAACGGAUCUGAAAUCGGAGAGAUUCAUCACGGCGUACAAACGCUUCACUUCAAGACGGGAUAUCUGUGCGACCCGAACCAGUGACAGGGGACUCAACUGCAUCGGGGCAGAUAGAGAACUCAGGAAUCUUUUCGACCAGGCACCCAGCGAAUCGGCUGACAUCAGGGAUCGGCUAGCAUCAGACGGGAUACAGUGGAUAUUCAAUCCCCCUCAUUCGCUACAUAUGGGAGAUAAGUGGGAGGCCGCUGUGAAGUCUACAAAACAUCAUCUCAGGACGAUCAUCGGGACCUCGACAUUGACUUACGAAGAAUGUACGACUCUUCUGACUCAAGUCCAGGCCAUACUCUACUCUCGGCUGCUCUGCACACUCACCAACGACCCGCAAGACACGUCAGCCCUGACACCGGGGCAUUUCAUCAUCCGGGAACCGGUCACGACGGUUCCUGAACCAUCACUCCAGCUAAUUCCUACGGACAAUCUCAACCGGUGGCAAUUCAUCACCCAGAGGCUCCAAAACUUCUGGGAGCAUUAG